GAAGAGGAAGAAGAAGAAGAGUAAACGUCAGCGAUUCAACAGCGCGCGGGAAACCCGGGAAAAGAUGGAGACUGAUGUCCGCGGAGAGGUCGAUGAAGAGGCGGACAGGAUGCCUCCGUCGACUUUAAAGUUGUACGAGACACAGUUUUUCGGCUUCACCCCGCAUACAUGUAUGCUGCGGGUCUACAGCGCCUUCCAGGAAAGCCUGUGCGACAUUUUACUCGUCGUUGAGCAGGUGUGCGUGAGGCAGCUGAGCAAAGGCGAGUCGGCCGAGGCGGAGGAGCUCCUCCGGUCCCGGGCCAGGGAGUGCAGCCGGAAGCUGCAGCAAUUCCUGGAGGAGCGGUUCAAGCAGCUAUCCGAGCGGAUGGACGCGCUGCUGGCCGACCGCUGCCUCUCCGUGCCGCCGAAUGUCCUCCUGCCGGAGGACCAGUUACACAAGAGCUACCCCCAACACAUUCAGGAGGUGCUGAGGCGAGAGUCGUCCAUUGCUGACCUCCAGAGAGCCUACGAAGCAGAAGUAUGUGCCAGGCAAGCCCUGCUAGCUGAGUUGGAGGAGCAGAGAGAGGUGCAGAAACAGCUGGAUGGGAUUCUGACAUGGGUCAAAGAGCUCCAGGCGGCCUGGGUGAAGGAAGGUAACGGCAGCUUCCAUGACAGUUUCCGGCUAGUGAUGGAGUCCGUUAAGAAGCUGCAGGAUGCUGUCGGGGAGGUCUGCAACAAGGCGCCUCAUUAAGCUGAACUUAAAUCUGUUUAAUUUUAUAAACAGAUGAUGCAUCAUUAAUGAAUUAAUGCUACAAACUAUGUAAAUAUUGUAGAACAUUAUCAGCAACUUUUCCUCAAGGCCAAGGCUUCUGUUGAGACUUUUUGUGUACUUUGACAGUCAGUUUUGGCUGUUUGUAAAGAAUACAACGUUCAUUCCCUGUGAAAAGAAGACAAAGACAAUUAUUCCAAAAUGUGCUUUUUGAGCAUCCAUCAUAAUUUAAUUAGUAACUACACAACAGCAACGUCAGCUAAUAGUAUUGGUAGUUUACCUUUUUUAAAUGUACUGUAAAUAAUAAAGCCAAUAAAUCUAA